CCCAAACCACCAUCACAAAGUCAGCAUCCUUUCAACCCCCCGCUAGCAUUGCAGACUCACAAUGACCGCCACGCGUGCUUCUCUGCUCUUCGACACAAAGGAGAAGCUGGCCUCGCUCACACUCGAAGAAAAGAUCGCCCUCACUGCGGGGCAGGACAUCUGGCGCACCUUUGCUUCAGCUUCUAAAGGCAUCCCCUACGCCAAGCUCACAGAUGGGCCAAAUGGGGCUCGCGGCGGAGGCAACUUCAACGACUCGGUCCCUGCUGCUCUAUUCCCAUCUCCCUCAUGCCUAGCAUCGACAUUCGACGUGGACCUCGCCCACGAGAUGGGCAAAGGUAUUGCCCUCGACUCGCGCAGCAAACAGUGUCAUGUGAGCUUGGCUCCUACUGUCAAUAUGACUAGAGACCAGCGAUGCGGAAGGGCAUUUGAGAAUUAUGGCGAGGACCCUGUGCUUACAGGCCAUAUUGGUGCGAGCUGGACGAUUGGCUGCCAGAGUACGGGAGUGGCUGCUACGCCCAAGCAUUUUGUCACGAAUGAGGCCGAAGCAGAUCGCCGCUUCAGCAACUCGAUCCUCGACGAGCGCACCCUGCGCGAGAUCUAUCUCGAGCCGUUUCGCAUCAUCUUCAAAGAGGUAGCCAAAGCGCACGCCGCUGGCAAGGACGGGCCCAAGGGUCAAGCAUUUGGCGGCCAGCCCGCUUGCAUCAUGACUGCAUACAACCAAAUCAAUGGUACCUCAGCCAGCGAGUGCAAGCAUACCCUUAUCGACGUCUUGCGCAAGGAGUGGGGGUUCAACGGAAUGGUCAUGUCUGACUGGUUUGCACUUCACGGCUGUGGCAUGGGAGGUGGGUGUGACUUGGAGAUGCCGGGGCCGGCCUUUCAGCGAAGAUUGGAAAUCGUCAAGGAGCAUCUCCAAAAAGGAGAAUGCACCGAGCAGGAUAUAGAUGAGAGGGCUAUUCGUGUAUUGGACAUGCUCAACAAAGUGGCGCAGCUCGGCUUUGAGAAGUCGCCGCAGGAUGAAAAGGAAGAGAGCGUCGUUGAUCAGGGGCGAGAGAAGGUCAUCCGCCGGAUUGCGGCGGAGGGGGCCGUGCUGCUCAAGAAUGAGGCGGACAUCCUACCUCUCAAGGUAGACUCGGUCAAGCGCAUCGCCCUCAUCGGCAAGCCAUGGACGCAGCCCAUCCAGAGCGGCGGUGGGAGCGCCAACUUGACACCGCAGCAAGCUCCUAAGGCCAUAGACGCUCUCAAGGCCGCUUUGCCCAGCAAUGUCGAGCUCGUGCACCACGAUGGUUGCGACAUCCAUCCCUUCCCCGCUUCACCUGUCACGAAGACGACAGUCGAAUUCCUUUCCCGCGACAACGGCAAGACAGUCGCGAAUAGCACGCUCGAAAAAACGGCGCUGGGUGUUCUCGAUCCAAAGCCAGAGGAGUGCCAGCCCAACAACUUUAUCAUGCGCGUCUCUUUUGACAUCCAUGCUAGCACGGCCGGAGCUCACACGCUUGGCCUCACGAUCCUCGGCAAGGCACACCUCAAGGCGCAUCGUCAGGACGGCUCCGUUGCCCUCGACUGGAAAGUGCAAGGCGAGACCGAUACGUUUGAGUACCUUCUCAACGAGUUCAAGACAGCCCAGCAGAAGGAGAUCAGCAUGGCCGCAGGCGAGCUCGUGAGCGUCGUCCUUGAAUACGAGCCACAGCAACAAGAUGGGGCCAUUGCGGCAAUGAAGCCUGCAGGUUUCACAGUCGGCUUCGAGGAGGAGAAGGAUCACCAUGGCCUGCUGAAGGACGCAGCGAGUGUCGCAAGCCAAUGUGACUUGGCCCUCGUCAUGACUGGCCUGGGCCCCAAGUGGGAAGCAGAGGGAUUCGAUCGCCCCAACCUGCUUUUGCCGCGCCUGCAGAACAACCUGAUUGCGCAAGUUGCCGAAAAGCAGAGUCGUACGGCUGUCAUUACAGUCUGCGGAUCAGCGGUGGAGAUGCCUUGGCUUGACGACGUAGCCGGUGUCCUACAAACAUGGUACGGAGGUCAAGAAGCGGCCGAGGCUCUCGUUGACUGCUUGCUCGCGCGAGGGGAUGCACCUGCGUCUGGGCGUCUCUGCACUACCUGGCCGCGCUCGGUCAAGGAUCAGUGUACGGCUGGAGAGUCGCACUCAUUUCCGGGAGUAGACAAGACGGGACGUGGUCAUCCGGAUGUGUACUACGAUGAGGGGCGACUCGUUGGGUACAAGUGGUACGAAGCAAAGGGCGCAAGCCCUUUGUUCUGGUUUGGUGGGGGUCUUGGCGGGUACACGACAUUUGAGAGGGAGUUGAAGGAUGUGAGGGUGGAAGAAGGCCAACAGAAGAUCGAUGUCGGCGUUGACGUUGAGGUCAAAAAUGUGGGGGAGCGAUCGGGGAAGGAUGUGGUGCAGGUGUAUCUCGCACCUGGGAAGGGAGAAGAGGAUGAACCUGUCAAGAAGCUCGUCGCCUUCUGUACCACCCAGCUCGAUCCUCAGAGGAAAGCAGCUCAGCUUACCCUCAACUUCGACGAGGACGCCUUCUCGCAAUGGGACGACAAGUCAUCGCAGUGGCAGGUCAAGGCGGGCCAGUACGUUGUUAUUCUCGCAUCCUCUGCUAGCCCGCAGGACGAGAUCGCCCGCAAGGACAUCGAGAUCCACCAGGGAUGGACUUGGAAGGGAAUAGGCAGAGUCUAAAUUGCGCAAAUGUAUGACCCAAAGCAAAGCAUGGCGAGUCAUUCAUCUCGUCUUAAAGCAUUCAACGAAUCUACCUUGGUCUGCGCGCUCGGAGGAUAUCGUCGACCGUCGGGGUGAGAUGAGAUGUCGCCCGAGAAAACGCAGGCGCCUUUGGCUUGUGAAGGUUCGUCCGCCGCCAACCCGCCGCCGCCCCUUGUUUCGACUGUCUCAACGCUUGGCGCGAUCGAAAAGUGGA